AAUGUGCCAGUUAAAUGUGAAACUCCAAGAAAUGCUGAGCUUACACGAUUGGGGAAAAAAUGAAAUACGAGUGGAUAAUAUUUUUGCUAUCUCAACUCGUUCUAUUGCUUUCGAUGCAACCGAAGGAAGCAAGUGGCGCCUGUUGUCUUGGCGAUUUUUGGGGCUAUUGUAAGGACGGCUCAUGGCAUACACCAUGCUGUGGAAUAUGGAAAUGCAAUUGGUUAUGUUGCAACUGCAAAUGUAGAAAGAAAAAGAAACGUAGUUUUGAGCACAUUGGCACGCCAAGCCAUGAAGAACAUCAACAAAGGAGGAGUUUUCUUCGCCGUGAUCAACACCAUGGCCGUGGUCAUCAACAUAAUCAUGACCAUCACAGUGAUCCUUUUCAUCACAAUAAUCGUGAUUAUCACCGUGGUCGUGAUGAUCACCAUGAUCCUUUUCAUCAGCUUUAUCGCGAUCAUCACCGUAAACCCCAUGAUCACCAAAAUCAUCAUAUUCAUCAGCAUUAUCAUCACCAUGAUCAUCACCAUGAUCAUCACCACGAUCAGCACCAUGAUCAUGGACACAAUCAUCACAAACACAAAAGAAGAAAACAUUCCGAUGCCUGAAAGUAAAUUCUACAACUUGUUGACGACUGUCGUAUCGAUGGAUAUAUUCACUGAUCUCAUGUUAUGGGGUGUAUUUUAUUUUACCUUCAUAUUAAAAGCAAACAUUAAACUUGACCAGAGCGAUAUAUUAUUACUACACCAUUGACUAGAUUGCUGAGAGCGAAGAAAACUAGGAAUAAAUUUAGCCAAAUUUAGGUGUUAACAUUGGGAGUUCGUGUUGUAAAGCCAAAGGCACUGGCUGACGAGUCCGUAUCCAUCAUAUUGAUAUUGGCAUCAUGUGGAUCCGUUGGUGGCCCGGGAUUCCGAAACUGUUCGGCCGAGAUGCGGGUGAGCAGAAUGCCAACACCCUCGAUGAGGGAGAGCAAUAUGCCACCAAUGAUGGCACUGCCAGCCAUCGAGGCGAGCCCGUUGCGUGCUGCCAGAAUGCCACCAGUGGCUGCACCGCUGAUAAUCGAGUUCCAUGGAUCCUCCUUCUUACGGAAAUGCACCAGCGUGCAGUCGAUGGUGCUAAACAUGCCGC